AUGGAGUGUGAAAAUCAAACUUCAUUGACUGAGUUUGUCCUCACUGGGUUUCCGUAUCCUGAGAAUCUGAAGGGACCUUUAUUUAUCUUCUUCCUCCUGGUCUACCUACUCACCCUCCUUGGAAACCUUCUGAUUCUUUUGGUUGUGGUGUCCAGUCCGCAGCUCCACAAACCCAUGUAUUGGUUGCUCUGCUACUUGUCCCUUUUGGAUAUGAGUGUCUCCUCAGUGAUUGUCCCCAAGGUGAUUGCUGGAUUUGUAGAAGGUGGAGGGGUCAUCUCCUUCGGCGGCUGCGUAUGCCAGCUCUUCUUCUUCCACUUCCUGGGCUGUACGGAAUGUUUCCUCUACACGGUGAUGGCCUACGACCGCUUCCUGGCCAUCUGCAAGCCACUCCACUAUGGCACCAUCAUGAACCGUAGGACCUGCCUCCUGCUUGGCGUGGGCACCUGGAUUGGAGGUUGCCUUCACUCCAUGAUGGAGACUACUCUCAUUUUCCGCUUGCCUUUUGGCUGGAGAAACCAGGUGAACUAUAUCUUCUGUGACAUUCCAGCUGUGUUGAAGUUGGCUUGUGCCAACACUUCACUCAAUGAGAAGGUGACCAUGAUUGAUGUCGGCAUGGUGGCUACCGCUUGUUUCUUCCUCAUCUUGACUUCCUACGUGUGUAUUGUACCCGCCGUGAUGAAGAUCUGCAGCGUGGAAGGGCGUCAGCGAGCCUUCUCCACCUGCACAGCUCACCUUACGGUAGUGGUGACCUAUUACGUGCCUCUUGUCUUCAUCUAUCUGAGGCCAGGAUCUCAGGGGGCCCUUGACGGUGUGGUAGCUGUGUUCUAUACUUCCCUGGCGCCACUUCUCAACCCCAUAGUCUAUACGCUGAGGAACAAAGACAUAAAAGUGGCCCUCACAAGACUGUCCAGUAGGUCACUCUAG